UCUUGCUAUAUAUACAUAGAAGGAAAGCAGAUUACCCUGCACUCCACACUAUUUACUUCGCCAUGGGCUUCGUCUGCUUUCACAUGUCCCCCAACAUGCUUCCCAAGACGCUCAUCGCUCUUCUCCAGCUUCUCGACAUUUUUCUCUACAGCUUUUCGGCCAUUCUAUACCGGCUCGGACUGAACCCUUCGUUUGAGUCGGAGGUGAGCGCAUGGGACAACGAAGAGCUGCUCUUCUCAGCUGAGCCGGCACAGUCGGUUUUGGCUGAGGCCGCGGUGGUGAAGAGCCGGCUGCCGGCGGUGGAGUUCAUGAGCUUCGUGAGGAGAAAAGGGGCGGCGCCGUCGCCGUCGGAGUGUGUGGUGUGCCUUCAGUUGUUGGAGGCGAGGGACCAAGUUCGGGAGCUGGGGAACUGUAGCCACGCGUUCCAUGCGGGUUGUAUUGACCGGUGGAUUGAUCUCGGACGGUUCAGCUGCCCGUUGUGCCGGUCCGGUUUGGUGCCGCCGGCCGCCGCCGGCGGCGGGAUGGUGGGGAUUGUGAAGUUUGUGGUGUUCGGAAUGUUUCGCUGUAAUAGAGGCUGA